AUGUCUUCAUCCAUCAAUGAUAACGAAUCAGGGCCACCUCAAUUCGACUACGAACAAGUACAGAUGUUUUUAUCUGGAUAUAACUUGAUGCAAUAUUUCGAAUUAUUUGUCGAAGAAGGCUUUGAUCGAUUGGAAUCGUUGCUUGAGGUGACCGAAACCGAUUUAGUGCAAAUGGGUUUACUUCAACGAGCCAUUGCCAAUGCGAAAGGAAUUCCACCUACGGUACCUUUGAUGUUGCGGCAAUAUCAAGAUAGUACAACGGUUCGCGACAUGCCACAACAGAACCCAGAUCAGAAAGACUUUCCUUCAUUGGAUUCAGAUUCAUUCGCUUCUUCAUCCAAUACGCAAGCCAGCCCAAGCAGCCAUCCAAAAUUGCAGACCGUAUCGGACAACUUUAUUGGCAAUACGAGUGGUCCAAGCGGAGUAUCGUCCGCGGAAGACGAGACAGCGAUGAGUGACACGGUCAUCGGUUUAUGGAAACGAAAAUACCGCCGUCAUGCCAAGCCAGAUAAACACGCACCUCUUAAACCGCCUUCAGCGUAUGUUAUGUUUUCCAAUCAAAUUCGUUCCGAACUCAAAGAUCACAACAUGUCAUUUACGGAUCUCGCGAAAAUCGUGGGCGGACGAUGGAAAACGCUCGACCGAGAUGAAAAAGAAAUUUAUGAAGCCAAUGCGGUUCGCGCUCGACAAGAAUAUGCCGCGGCUUUGAAAGAAUAUCAAAAAACCGAGGAAUACAGAAAUUAUCAAGCUUAUCUUGCCGAAUUCAGAGCAAAGCAUGAAGCCGCCGGUAAUCCAUUAUUCCAAACGCGCCACAAAAAAAAAAAAAAAAAAAAAAAAAAAUGGACUGCAAUCAUCGUAUCAUGGUGA